AUGUCCCUUUUGUCUCAGUUCAACAGUACUCAUUCAAUUUGUGUGAAUGAGGAGGAGGAAUGUCUUGAGCCAGCAAAAUCAGAUCUGCCAGAGCCAGCAAAAUCAGAUCUGCCAGAGCCAGCAAAAUCAGAUCUGCCAGAGCCAGCAAAAUCAGAUCUGCCAGAGCCAGCAAAACCAGACCUGCCAGAGCCAGCAAAACCAGACCUGCCAGAGCCAGCAAAACCAGACCUGCCAGAGCCAGCAAAACCAGACCUGCCAGAGCCCGCAAAACCAGACCUGCCAGAGCCCGCAAAACCAGAUCUGCCAAGAGCCAGCAAAACCAGACCUGCCAGAGCCCGCAAAACCAGAUCUGCCAAGAGCCAGCAAAACCAGACCUGCCAGAGCCAGCAAAACCAGAUCUGCCAGAGCCAGCAAAACCAGACCUUCCAUAUCCAGCAAAACUAG